AUGGCGCUUGACGAGAAUAAGGCGGUAGAAGAAAAGGCGAUGGGACGAGAAGAUCCGGGUCUUUUCGAAAGAGAUGUCGGCGCCGCCGAUGAUGUUCGGGCGAGCGAAUCGGUGGGCGACGCCGAAGAAGUCCUAGCGCUUCAGGACUUGGAUCCCGCACUCAACGCGAAAAUGCAUUUAGUCAACAACGCAAUUGACGAGAUUGGUUGGACUAAUUAUCACUGGAAAUUGUUUGUAUUAAAUGGUUUUGGUUACGCCGUCGACUCCCUAGUUCUCUUAUUGCAGAGUAACAUUGCAGGUCCCGCCUUCAAGGAAUUCGGUGAAGUCGGCUAUGACAAUGCCCAGACGAUUGCUACGUACGUCGGUAUGCUCAUCGGAGCACUUUUCUGGGGGUUGAGCGCCGAUAUCAUAGGUCGCCGUUGGGCGUUCAACAUCUCCCUAUUUAUCUCCUCCGUUGCGACUGUUGUCUCAGGCGCGGCCCCUAACUGGGCAUCUCUGGGUUUCUUCACGGCUAUGGUUGGAUUUGGCGCUGGUGGUAACCUGAUCUUAGACACCACUGUCUUUCUCGAAUACCUCCCAAGCAACAAGCAGUGGGCAUUGACCUUCUUAGCCUGUUGGUGGGGCAUCGGUCAGGCCGUCACGGGUUUUAUCUGCUGGGGUUUCUUAGUUCCGGCCCAGUGGAAUUGUGCAUCCGCCGACAACUGCCCUAGAGAGUCUAACCAGGGGUGGCGAUAUGUCAUGUACACCUCCGGCGCUCUCGUUUUCGCCAUGUCCAUUGCGCGUAUCACUGUUGUCCGGCUACAAGAGACACCGAAGUACCGUCUAGGAACCGGAGAGGACGCCGAAUUAGUCGAGACGCUUCAUUCCAUCGCUAAGAGAUAUAACCGCCCUUGCACACUCACAGUCGAUAAGCUCGAGUCAUGUGGAAUAGUAAGAACUGCGCACAGCGAGAAUCGCUUUUCGUUUCGCGAAAGCUUCAUUCAUUUCUCUGGACUAUUCGCUACGAGGAAGAUCGGCAUCUCCACGGUACUUAUUUGGCUCUCGUGGACGUUGAUUGGACUAGCUUAUCCUCUUUUCUACGUUUUCCUCAAUGCAUAUCUUGCCAGCCGGGGAGCUUACGACGGCGUUGGUACUUUCGACACAUGGCGCAACUAUACACUUACGAAUAUUUCCGGCAUCUUUGGACCAGUUCUAGCUGCGUGGAUGUGCAACAUUCCCAUACUCGGCCGACGAUAUACUAUGGCUAUAGGUGCAUUAAUAACUAUGGCCUUCUUCUUCGCUUACACGGCCGUCUCGACUGCUUCACAAAACGUCGGGUUUAGUUGUGCUAUUGCAUUCUGUAUCAAUAUUUACUAUGGAACAUUAUACGCAUAUACCCCUGAAGUACUACCAAGUGCUCAUCGCGCCACUGGCAAUGGUAUUGCUGUUGGUUGCAAUCGGAUCAUGGGUAUCAUUUCGGCUGUCGUCGCUUCUAGCGCCAACACCGCAACCGUCGCUCCGAUUUACAUCUGCGCGGCGCUCUUCCUCGGUAUGGCCGCUAUCAGCGCUAUCUUCCCUUUCGAGCCAUACGGAAGACGCAGUUCGUAA